AUGAGCUCGCCAAACCCCGCGAGCUGGGACCAGUCCAGCCGCAGAGGAGGAUCACGCACCGGGAGUGUGUCGUCCUUUGGUAACCAGAGCGGCCACAACGAGAACGACUCGCUGCUCGGCCGUAGCGUGGGUUCGAAUCAAGACGAUGUCGAGUGGACGCAGCAGCUCCGACGGAGGAGAUCCUCCGUCACCAACCGCCUGGCCGCCUUCACCGACAUAGGCGGCGUCAACAGCAUCCGCUCCUUCACCCGCAGCUGGCAACGCGCCGCCGGCUUCUCCGAGGUCAUCCCGCAACGGCCCUCCUUCGUCUUCGCCGCGGACACCACUUCCGACUCAGAGCAGCAGCCCCCUCACCGGGAUUUUUCCCCGUACCGCCGUCCGCAGCGCGAUCCCGAGGCUGGUGCCCCCACUAAUGCUGGAACGGGUUCACCAUCACUCAUCCGCCAGCACCUCGAAGCAGCCUUCCGCGCAGGCGAGCAACAACAACAGCAACCAAGUUCCCUGCGGAACGAAAGCCCCGACCCGGGCGUCGAAACCGGCAGUCUCCGCCGACAGUCCAGCCACGACUCACGCGAGGGCAAACCCUCCCAUCACGACUCUACUACAGGCGAUUCCUCCUACGCAGACGAAUUCCCCCCAGCGUUCCGCGUCACUAGCCAUACCAGCAGUAUCGGGUCCAGCGGGGGUCGUCACCGGACAGCCUCUAUUUUUGCGAUCCCGCCGCAUCUGGCUACGCCGUCGUUGGUGGGGAGUUAUGGGAGUUAUGGGACGAUUCGGUCGGACCAUGGGGGGGCUGGUGAGGGAAGAGGAGGGGAUAUGGCCCAGGCGGCUGCGCUGUGGCGGCAGCAGCAGGAAGCCGGGGGGAAUGUGCCGGAUGGGGAGCUGCCGCCGAUUUUGGUCAAGGAGGUCGAGCAGGAUGGGAAGAUUGUGUUGGCGGUGGAGGGGCAGUCGACGUUGCCGCAGACGGUGUUUAACUCGACUAACGUCCUCAUCGGCGUCGGCCUACUCAGCCUGCCCAUGGGCAUCAAAUACGCCGGCUGGAUCUGCGGCAUGGUCGCGCUAUUCCUCUGCGCAGCCGUCACAGCAUGGACGGCCCGUCUCCUGUCGCGCUGCAUGGACCUCGACCCCAGCCUCAUCACCUUCUCCGACCUGGCCUACAUCUCCUUUGGCCGCAACGCCCGCAUCGCCACCAGUGUCUUGUUCACCCUGGAACUGCUCGCAGCGUGCGUCGCGCUGGUUGUGCUCUUUGCGGAUUCGUUGGAUCUGUUGUUUCCGGGGUUGUUGUCGGUGACGGGGUGGAAGGUGUUUUGUUCGGUGUUGUUGAUACCGUUGAAUUUUUUGCCGCUGAGGUUGUUGAGCUUUACGAGUGUCAUUGGGAUCUUUUCGUGCUUUACCAUCGUUCUCAUUCUUGUUCUCGACGGCUUGAUCAAGCCGACCUCGCCGGGGUCACUGCUUGACCCGGCGAAAACAUACAUGUUUCCUGACAACUGGCUAACUCUUCCGCUGUCCUUUGGAUUGCUGAUGUCCCCAUGGGGCGGCCACGGAGUAUUUCCCAAUAUAUACCGCGACAUGCGCCACCCACAUAAAUACCCCCAAGCCCUCAAGACCUCCUUCUCCUUCACCUACAUCCUCGACGCAACAACAGCCAUAGUCGGCCUCCUCAUGUUCGGCGACGCCGUCCGCGACGAAAUCACUUCCAACAUCCUCCUCCUAGAAUCCUCCUACCCGCGCGCCCUCACCGUCCUCAUGUGUCUGUGCAUCGCCAUCAUCCCACUCACCAAGAUCCCCCUCAACGCUCGGCCUAUUGUGGCGACUGUGGAGGUGCUGUUGGGGUUGCAUCAUCCGGCUCCGGUCAUGAUUCCCGCGGAGAGGGAGGGUGGAUGGUUGGGUUGUGGAGGUGGGAUGCAGUUUCGCGGGGUGAUGAAGGUGGUUGUGAGGGUCGGCGUGGUGUUGGUGUUUUUGGUCAUUUCGAUCUUGUUCCCGGCGUUUGAUAGCAUUAUGGCGUUUAUGGGGAGCGCGUUGUGCUUUACCAUUUGUGUUACCCUCCCCCUGGCCUUCUACCUCAAACUCUUCGGGCACGAGCUGUCCGUCCGCGAAAAGGUGUUUGCCUUUUCCAUCAUGUUGCUUUCUUUCUUGCUGUCAGUUGUUGGUACGGUUUGGGCAUUUUUGCCCAAGAGUUUGAUUGGUGCUGAGCCUGUGGCGGCUAGAUAG